AUGGCCUCUCACAUUCCCUCGCCGUUCUCUCCCUCAGUACCGAUUGACACGUCUCCGGCUACUCUAGAAAUGGACAGCGAUAACUCAGACAUAUCUCGCAGUCGCGUAAAACGUCUCUCGGCCUCCAUGGAGAAUGCUGUCACCAAACUUGGCCGUAGUUUGAGUGGAAAGGCCUCCCCAACAAAGUCAGCUAGUCCUCGACGUAUAUUCAGUCUUAGUAGAAGCAGAGGAAAGGGUCGGGCUGAGGAAGACUUGCUCUCCGCUUCCAGCACUCCCAGCGCGUCGCGUCCAAUCUCGCCCAGAGACAUACCCCUACCCUCAGAGCCUCAGGACGACUCACCAUUCAUUACUCCGCCUUCACCAACCCUUGCACCGUCUCGACCUAUGCUCAGCUCAUUUAGAGGCGGCGGUUCGAUGCGUGCCGGAACACAAACUUUGAUUCAAGCACUGCAAGCUCUUCCAUGGACAGACCCCGAUAAUGAAGAUGACGUUAUGCCACAAACUCUUAGUCCCGUGGAUAUUGACAGCGAUGAAGAGGGAAAGCAAGGCAAGUUUCUAUGGCUUUGCCGCACUACUCCGAGUCUAACCCCAUCCUUAGCCGACCGCCUCGCGUCUUCCAUUCAUACCAUCUAUCGACCGCUCGCUCGCUCACAGCGUCUCAACACUUCGCAAGGUCAUCGUAGAAAGGCUUUCCCUCAGCACACGACGGUCAGCGAAGAAGAAACCACCUCGGACGUCACAUCCGAAAUAUCCGAGCAAGAAGACGCAGAGGACUUUGAACAAUCAACGCCCCGACCGCCUUACGCCGAGCAACCUCUCCCUUUGCACAUAAGACGACAGCAACAGAACGAAAGUGGUGUAACGUUAUCGCCGUCCAUGCUACGUUCCGGCAGUAUGGCAACGGUUAAGUUACAACGGAGGGUUCGACUGGCGGAGAAGCUCAAGCAGGUCUUUGAGCUCGAUGGGAUAGAGGAGGUCUGGGCAGAAAUGCCUUGUUGGCUAUUGCGCUCAGUUCUUUUACAAGGUUACAUGUACUUGACCAACUCGUAUCUGUGUUUCUUUGCUCAUAUGCCAAGCCGAGAGGAUCAAGUUCUUAAAUCGGGUUCCCUCAACAAGAAGGCUCAGCGAACGAAACGUUGGAUUAAGCAUUGGUUCGUGCUGAAGAACGAUGCUCUUUCAUGGUACCAGUCAUCUUCAGACCCUUACUUUCCUCAUGGCAUUGUCGAUCUCCGUUAUGCGAUUUCAUGCGACGCUGUUAAUGACAAGGACUUCCGAAUACGCACAAAUCAAAAGUCUAUACACUUGUCAGCGCCGUCGGUGCCAAGUAGGGAGGAGUGGGUCAAAGCAAUUCGCAAAGUCAUAUUCAAGGCUCAGAAUAUGGGGGACAGCGUUAAGAUUGCGAUCCCGUACUCAAUCAUUCUCGAUGUUGACAAGUCCACGGCCAUGGAUUUCAGCGAGACAAUCGAAGUCAAGGUUUUCGACAAGGACGAACACUUUUCCGUUGAUUCGUACUUCUUCGCCUACUUUGAAGACCUUUCGGGCGCAUUAGACCAGAUUCGGGACGCUGUGCGAGCGCACCGAGGCCAACCAGAACGCGCAUCCCCGCAACUUCUUAUGGACACCACUGUCUCACGGUCAACUCCGCAUCCCCCAGACCGAGCACAAAGUUUGCCUGCCAAUGUCGAGCAUGCGAAUGUCAAGGCAUCGUCAUCGUUCAGCAUUUCGUCUUUCUUAUGGCCAUUCCAUGAUUCUGGAAACCGGGUUCCAACUACUGGUGCUCUAGCAGAGAAUGAACCGUUUACGCACAUCUCCCGACGGCCAAAUUCAACAUCUUUUGUGCCAGUCACGAGCUCGCCCGACACCCCGAGCCCAUCGACACCAACUCCAAUACAUAGUCAAGAACACACGUAUCCACCGUCCUCUUUUAUUUCACGCAGUAAUCCUGACCACCCGUUCAACAGCGAGAGCGGUGGGAACACGUGGAUAGGGGUCCCUUCUUGGCUCAGAGGCACCAAACGGGUCUUUGGGGGAGGUGGCCCUUCGGAGGUAUCAACCGCCAUGGCCUCUCCAAGUAGCCGUGUCCGCGAAGUUUACUCGAUGCCUUCGCAAGCAAGUCGCGGAAGUGGGCUGGGAGAUAUGGCAUUCAGCACUCUCGAAACGCCAAAUGUGAAAAUCGAUCCGGAAAUGACCGAAAAGUUCCGCACAGUGUUUGCCUAUGAUGAAAAGGAGACACUUCUUGGAUACUUCCCUGGCUAUAUCUUUCGGCUUUUACCUGUUCCCGGGCGACUCUACAUUUCCACAAAUUUCUUCUGCUUCAAAUCUACUGGGCCACUUACUGCAAAGACGAGGAUGACAUUACCGAUCCGGGACCUGCUGGCAGUCGAAAAGACGAAGGCUACCCGAUUCGGCCAUCACGGCUUGAUCGUGAUAGUCAAGGGUCACGAAGAGCUAUUCUUCGAGUUUAGCGCGGAAGACAAGCGUAAUGCCUUUGUAACCCUUCUCGAGGCGCAGAUGGAGGAUUGCCAACGCCGAUUGGCUCAGGGUGAUACCUCUGUCACUCCAGGUAAACGCGAAGCGCUCAUCUUGGAAGAGUUUGAGCCUCAAACACAACCAUCCACGUCGCUUAUCGAGGCAACGGACAGUAUGACAGAUUCAUUACCUGCGCUUAUGUUCACGUCCGCAUCGUCAACCUUCCUCACCUUCAAACCCAAACGCAGCUUGCAUUUCACCUUCCUCACCAUUGGGUCACGAGGAGAUGUCCAGCCUUACAUCGCCCUAGCCAAAGGUUUGAUGGCCGAUGGUCAUAAGUGCCGGAUUGCUACCCAUGGAGAGUUCAAGGACUGGAUUGAGUCGCACGGCAUCGAGUUCGGAUUCGUUGGUGGUGAUCCUGCGGAACUCAUGCGGAUCUGCAUCGAGAAUGGCACAUUUACCGUAUCAUUCCUGAAGGAGGGUUUACAGAAGUUCCGUGGAUGGCUCGACGACCUACUCAAAAACUCUUGGGAUGCUUGCCAAGGUACUGACGUUCUGAUCGAGAGUCCGAGCGCCAUGGGUGGUUAUCAUGUUGCUGAGGCACUGGGUAUUCCUUAUUUCCGGGCCUUCACUAUGACUUGGACUCGCACUCGGGCAUACCCUCAUGCAUUCGCCGUGCCUGAACGCAAGAUGGGUGGUGGUUAUAACUAUAUGACCUAUGUCAUGUUCGACCAGGUGUUCUGGCGAGCAAUUUCUGGGCAGAUUAAUCGUUGGAGGAGGAAUGUGUUACAUCUAGGCAGCACCAGCCUUGACAAGAUGGAACCCCAUAAGAUACCAUUCCUAUAUAACUUCAGUCCGCAGAUCGUGCCGCCGCCGUUAGACUGGCCUGAAUGGAUCCGGGUUACAGGUUACUGGUUCCUCGAUGACGCCGAUGUCAGUGCAAAGAAGUGGAGCCCGCCACCAGACCUUGUCGCCUUCAUCGACACAGCGCAUGCGGAAGGAAAGAAGGUCGUCUACAUCGGAUUCGGCAGCAUCGUUGUCUCGGACCCGAAAACGAUGACCCGAUGCGUGGUGGAUGCGGUUUUACGGAGCGGGGUCCGCGCCAUUCUCUCGAAAGGCUGGUCAGAUCGCCUACAAGCCAAGAGCGACGCGACUGAGCCAGAGGAGCCACUGCCAAAGGAAAUUUACCCUAUCCCUUCGAUACCCCACGAUUGGUUGUUCCAACGCAUCGACGCUGCUUGUCAUCAUGGAGGAGCAGGUACCACUGGUGCAAGUUUAAGAGCGGGCAUUCCGACGAUCAUCCGACCAUUCUUUGGGGAUCAGUUCUUCUGGGCUGACCGGGUUGAAGCCCUUGGCGUUGGAACGGGCGUUCGGAAGCUGACAGUGGACUCGCUCACGGAUGCUCUGACUUCUGCGACGACAGACAUUAAACAAAUAGAUCGUGCUCGGUUAAUUGGAGAGAAGAUCAGAGCGGAGGAUGGAGUUGCGACGGCCAUUGAAAGCAUCUAUCGGGACCUUGACUACGCUCGUUCACUGAUUAAACGUGACUCGGAUGAUGAUGUGGAUGACGAGGCGGAGGGAGAACACUCGACUAUUCGGGCAUCAGGCUAUAGUUCGAGUGGGUCAGCGGCUGGAGGUGGGGGGAGUGAAGACUGGAGUGUAAUCUCGGAACAUGACGGGCGGCGGAUGUCAAUCAGCUCGCAAAACAGUGACGGUGGACGAGAGCCUUCCUCGAAGCGCAACAGUUUGGCUGCAGCUGUUUUGUCAGUCUUGCCCUCGCCCCGACGACGAACAGUUUCUGCAACCGCUAAUCAAGCACCAUAG